AUGUCCAUCCUCCGGUCGCUGCCCCGCGUCCUGCCCACGGCUCUGCCUCGUGUUGCGCGCACCUAUGCCAGUGUAUCUGUGGGGGCUGCAGAGCCCGCCUCGGGACUCUGUGGCGCUAUCGGCAACACGCCUUUGAUGCGCUUGAACUCGAUUAGCGACGAGAUUGGUUCAGACGUAUACGGUAAGGCCGAAUUCAUGGAGCCAGGCGGUAGCGUCAAGGACCGCGCCGCCCUGUACAUUGUCCUGGAUGCAGAGAAGAAGGGUCUGCUGAAGCCGGGUGGUACUGUCGUGGAAGGCACAGCCGGCAACACGGGUAUUGGCCUGGCGCAUGUAUGCCGUGCCCGUGGCUACCGGUGUGUGAUCUACAUGCCCAACACGCAGUCGGAAGAGAAGAUCAAUCUGCUGCGCAUGCUGGGUGCAGAGGUGUACCCUGUGCCUGCGGUGCCAUUUGACAACCCGCAAAACUACAACCACCAGGCGGCCCGCCACGCGGAGCAGCUGGAGAAUGCGGUGUGGACGAAUCAAUUUGACAAUGUCGCGAACCGUGAGGCGCAUAUUCUCACGACCGGUCCUGAGAUCUGGGAGCAGACGCGCAGCACCGGCCUCGAUGGCUUCAUCUGUGCGACGGGCACGGGUGGUACGCUCGCAGGCAUCACGCGCUACCUGAAGGAGAAGUCGAACGGCCAGGUGCAGUGCUGGCUCGCUGAUCCGCCGGGCUCGGUGCUGCAUGGCUAUGUGCAGUCGAAGGGCGCUGAACUGGCGCGCACUGGCACUGGCUCGAUUACGGAGGGAAUCGGCCAAGGCCGCGUUACCUCGAACCUGCGCCCCGACAUCGAUCUCCUGGACAACAGUCUUCACAUUGAGGACGAGGCUAGCAUCGCUAUGGUGUACCGCAUGCUGGACGAGGAGGGUCUGUACAUCGGCGCCUCGUCGGCACUGAAUAUUGUCGCGGCUCAGCGCAUGGCCGAGAAGCUUGGAAAGGGCAGCAAGGUGGCGACGAUCAUCUGCGAUGGUGCUGCACGCUACCAGACGCGCCUGUUUAGCCGCAAGUGGCUCGAGAGCAAGAACCUGCUGGCCGCGAUCCCGGAGCGCCUGCACAGGUAUAUCGCACUGCCAUAG